CUACAAACUGCUUUUAUACUCCUGUAAUUAAUCAUUUAUUUGGUGAACAUGCUUGGGUCAAAGUGGAGGUUGUUGCUGAGCACUCUACUUAUUUGUCUUGUAAUCUUCGAUUUAGCUCACUGCCAAAAAGAUGCCCAAGAACAGAGGACCACUCCAGGGAGGAAACCAAAGAAUAACAAAACUAAACUUGGCAAACCCACAAAUAAAGGACCCAGAUCAGUGACGGCAAAACCAAAGAUUAAAGCUACACCUGCAGCCUCGGCACAGACUGUACUCACACAGGUGCUAAACAGAGGGAAGUUUAAGAAGGUGGGAGAGACCAUAAGUGUGCAGUCUGGAGACACUCUGGAGCUGAGGUGCAGGGGAAAACCUGUGCAGUGGAGCGUCCCUCCCUACCUGGAGGAGGAUGAUGAUGGAAGGCUCAGAAUUGUCCAACAUGAGAGAUAUGGCGUCCUGACAUUAGUCAACACAACUGGUGCAGACACAGGAGAGUACACAUGUUAUCCCAUGUACUGUGAAGACACAGACUGCAGGAAGGAGUACAACAAAGCCAUUAAAGUCUUCGUCUUUUUCCCCGACCCACAUGAACUGUUUGUUCCUUCAUCUGAUUACUACGAGGUGAUUCAGCUGAGAUCCAACUGGCCCACAGUCCUCCCUUGCCAGGUGACAACACCUGAGGCUAAAGUGACUCUGCACCGCGAGUAUCCACCAGGGGAGGUGGCAGUGGAUGGAAUGGAGAUCUCCUUUGAUGUCAAGAAGGGCAUCACCAUCAAUCGACCUCGACCUUAUCACGCAGGAGCUUUGUUCUGUGUUGCCAGUCUGGGCAACCUGAGGCAGAGCUCCACCAAGUAUAUGCUUAUUUAUGUCAACUAUCCCAUGGCUCCUCCUGCUCCAGUGAUCCGGGCCUCAUCGGCGUCGGUGCCUGUGGGAGAGAAUCUACAGGUCAGCUGCUCUGUGGUGGGAGAGCGUGACGUGGGUGUGGAGUUCACAUGGGAAUACCCAGGACAGCAGAUUGGGAGGCCUCUGUACACACAAGAAAGCAUCAAUCCAGUGGGUGGGGGAGCAGCUCAGCAGCAGUCUCAGUCUGUCCUCCUGGUGGAUGAAGUGAGGGACGUGGACCAGGGGACAUACACCUGCACCGCACAGAACCUGCAAGGAGCCAAAUCAGUGUCCACCACUGUUAAAGUUGUCCCAAAGUCCAAACCUAAGAAGAGACAAACCAACAAAAGUGCAUGAGAAAACUAAAGAGAGAAAGAAAGAGGAAUGAGAAUAUUAGGAGCAGCAUCUUGCUGUAUCUCAAACAGCAUAUGAGUCACAGUUACUAAACCAAUCUUUCUCCUUCUGUCCUGCUGUUAUGUAAACAGACACAGGAGAUUUUAUGGCUUUGAUCAAUGUACCUAAAGUGAUAUGCAUACAGGGUUGUGUAUUAUAUUUUUUAUAGGAUAC